AUGAAUCGUGGCAAUAUGAAUGAAAGAAAGCACAAGACUGUACAAUAUGGCACAAUAAUUAAACAUAAUCAAGAAGACACCAUUAGAAUUCCUACUGAAUUCAAUAAAGAUAUGAAAACUAUUCUGCCAUCUACAUCAAUUUUUAGUACACUUGGUUACUUAUUUUUGACAUUAACAAGCGUUAGUAUUAUCAUAGGCGUUAUCAUAGUUUGUCUGACAUCGCCUAAACCUCCAGAUAAAGUGUGCAAAUUCAUCGUGAAAUCCGAAGCUCGUAGUUCGAUCACCAUCGAUUCUUAUCCACGUUCGAUCGUUGUUGCUGAUUUCAAUAAUGAUGGUCAUCUCGAUAUGGUCGUUCCAAAUUCUGGAACAAAUUGUAUUGGAGUAUUUAUGGGUGAUACUAAUGAUACAUGGAAAAAUCAAAUAACAUAUUCGACAGGUGCUCGUUCAAUUCCAUAUGCAGUGACUAUCGCUGAUUUUGAUCACGAUCAACAACUUGAUAUAGCAGUAGCAAAUUACGGUACAAAUAAUGUGGGUAUCUUUCUUGGCACAGCCAAUGGUACUUUCAGUUCUCAAACAACAUUUUCUACUCGAUCUUCUCGUCCGAGAUAUGUUGCUGCAAGUGAUUUCAAUAAUGAUGCAAUAAUUGAUAUUGCUGUCAUCAAUUAUGGCACCAACGACAUUGGUAUUUUUCUAGGUGAUGGUUAUGGAAAUUUUGGUAACUGGAAGACUUAUUCCACCGGAUUUGAUUCCAUUCCAUAUUCGCUCGCUAUUGCUGAUAUUGAUCAUGAUAAUUUCCUCGAUAUUGUCGUUGCUAAUUAUGGUACUAAAAAUGUCGGUCUGUUUUUCGGAAAUACAGAUGGAACAUUUCAAAGUCAGAUGAUUAUUGAUAUUAGUCGUAAUUGUCAACCCUAUUCGAUCACGCUUGCAGAUCUUAACAAGGAUACUCACAUUGAUAUUGUUGUUGUAUCUUCGACUACGAACAACAUUAUGGUUUUGUUAGGUUCGGGAACUAGAUCUUUUUCAUUGUCGAAUGAAUAUUCAACCGGUGAUGAUACUUCACCUCGCUCAGCAAUUGUUAGUGAUUUCAAUAACGAUACUAAAGUUGAUAUUGCAGUAAUCACCUAUAGUACCUCAAGUAUAAUUCUUUUUUUGGGACGUGACAAUGGUACAUUUUCAAAUGCAACGACGUUUUAUACUAGUAUUGAUUCUUUGCCAUAUGCGAUGACUAGUGGAAAUUUUAAUAAUGACACUCAAUUGGACAUCGCUAUUGUCAAUUAUGAUUAUAACUAUGUUGAUGUUGUACUUAACUAUAGAAAUUAUAGCUUUUUAACUCAAAUGGCCUAUGACAUUACUGGUGUUAAUCCUAAUCCGAAGUCAAUAGUGAUAGUUGAUUUAAAUAAUGAUACUCGACUCGACAUCAUCGUUGCUAACUAUAAUACUAGCCAGAUAAGUGUAUUUCUUGGCUUGAAUAAUGAUACUUUUUCAAUUCCAGUCAGCUUUUCGACUGGAAGUCAAACUGGUCCAUGUUCUAUUGCCAUCGGUGACUUUAAUAAUGAUAAUCGACUAGACAUUGUCGUAGCCAACUAUGAUAUUGAUUCUGUAGAUAUAUAUCUUGGUAAUGGUGAUGGUACGUUUUCGAAUGAAACGAUCUCUUCACUUCGUGAUAAUCCUCAACCAUCAGCUGUCGAUGUCGGUGAUCUAAAUAAAGACGGCCGACUUGAUAUUGUCUUUGUCAGUAAAUCGUUCGGAUUCAUGCGUAUCUAUUUUGGUAAUGGUGAUGGUCAAUUUUCUACUAACCAGUUAUAUUUCAUUGGCUCAGUAACUACGUCAUCACCAGUAUGGGUUCGUAUUGCUGAUUUUAAUAAUGACAAUCGUUCCGAUAUUGCUGUCGUCAAUCGAGUCGCUGGUACUGUUGGUUUGUUUCUCGCUACUGAUAAUGGUAAUUUCACGUAUCGAGCUGUGUUUUCAGUUGGUACUGGUGCUGGACCGAAUGCUGGUGCCAUUGCUGAUUUCAAUAAUGAUGGUCGAAUGGAUAUAGUUGUCAACAUUUAUUAUAAUCGUGCUUUUGAAAUUCUUUUAGGACAGGGUGAUGGAACAUUCAUUAGCAAAGCAAGUUAUUCUAUUGAUAGUCUCGCUCGUCCAUCGUGGACAACAAUUGCUGAUUGGAACAAUGAUAAUCAACUCGAUAUCAUUGUGUGCAGUUGUGAUACUAAUAAUAUAUUUGUGUUUUAUGGAUAUGGUGAUGGAACUUUUCAUGCUGGACGAACUUAUUCUACGGGCAAUAAUUCUUGUCCAUUAUCGAGUGCUGCUGGUGAUUUCAAUAAAGAUGGUUUAUUUGAUAUUGUUACUGGCAAUGCAAACAGUGGUACGAUUGGUGUUUUUCUUGGAUUCACUUAUAUGAACGGUAUUCGGAAAGCAACAUAUUCAACUGGUUCUGCUGCACAUCCACAAGCUAUUGGUCUUGAUUAUUUAAUUAGUAAUGAUACACAAUUAGAUGUUGUUCUGGUCAACUAUGGAUUGAGUAAUGUGGCAAUUCUUCAAGGAUAUCCAGAUGGAAGUUUUCCAGUUCAAAAAACGUUUUCAACAGGAUCUCUCUCGUUUCCCACUUCGAUUGCCAUUAAUGAUGUGAACAAUGAUUAUUGCCGAGAUAUUAUCGUUGCAAACUCUGCUCUUGGAAAUAUUGGCAUUUUUUAUGGAUAUGGAAAUGGAAGUUUUAGAAGUCAAAUCACCUACUCUGCAUCAUCCUAUUCAUUACCACAGUCAGUAAUUACAGAUGACUUUAAUAAUGAUGCAAAAGUAGACAUUGGUGUUGUAUAUUCGGGCAAUGGAAGUGUGUUAACAAUGCUGAAAUAUCGCACAACAAUAUUCACAAAACAAAAUGAGUAUUUCACUGGCCCUCAAUUUUAUCCACAUGCUGUGGCUAUUGGCGAUUUCAACAAUGAUGGAUUAUCCGAUUUCGUUACUGUCAACAGAGGUAAUCAAAGUAUUAGUAUUUUUCUUGGAUUGUCCAAUGGAACAUUUAUUGGUCCAACAACUUACUCAGCUUCAAAUGGAUCCCCUUUAUACGCAAUUGUUGUUGGUUAUUUUAACAACGAUGCCUAUCUGGAUAUCGUCGUUAGUCAGUAUUCACUUAGCGCCAUAAGUAUUUUUCUUGGUUAUGGGAAUGGAACAUUUCGAAGUCCGUACACUACGUUGUAUGACGUUGAUUUUCCUGGCAGUUUAUCGUCAGACUCUGGAAUCUAUGAAUCUAGCGGUUCCUCAGAAUUAGUUGGCAUGGCUGUCGGUGAUUUCAAUGAAGACAAAAGGUUGGAUCUUGUUGUCGUCUUUAGUGCAGCUAGUGGAAUAGCUGUGUUUCUGGGAAAUAACAAUGGUACAUUUGCCUCUCCAGUUCCAUAUUUUACUGGCAAUGCAGUGAAUUCAAUUUACGUAGCCGUAAAUGACUUUAAUAAUGACACUCAUUUAGACAUUGUUGUCACCAAUCUCGCAAGUUCCAACAUAGUUGUCUUUCAAGGAAGUGGUAAUGGUAAUUUUAGUCAAGUAGGCAACUAUUCAACUGGUACUAAAUCAGCUCCACGACCAGUAACUGCUGUAGAUUUAGAUCAAGAUGGUUUCAUUGAUAUUGUUGUUGGUAAUUCAGGAUCUGACAAUGUUUGUGUAUUUUAUGGUUAUGGUAAUAGUUCUUUUGCUCAACCAAUAUUUUAUCCGAUUGCCUCUGGUUCUCUUUCAUACGGAUUAGUCGUCAAAGAUUUUAAUAAUGAUGGUCAAUUGGAUAUUGGUGUUGCCAGUUAUGGUACAAACAAUAUUGUUAUUCUUCUUGCACUUGCUAAUCGUAUAUUUUUUAGCGCAGUGACAUAUUCGACAGGUGCCUAUUCUCAACCAUCAUUUUUAGCUGUUGCUGAUUUCAAUAACGAUAGUUGUUUGGAUAUUGUCGUCACUAGCUCAGGAAUUAGUAGUGCCACUGUGUUUUUCGGUUAUUCUACUGAAGAUUUUCUUGUCGCUCCAGCUUAUACAAUUGGAUCUUCUACUCAAUUGACAUCAGUUGCGAUGGGAGAUUUCGAUGAUGAUUCACAUUUAGAUAUUGUUGUUACAGAUAAUGCUACAAACAAUAUUAUAGUUGUAUUUGGUUCUAUGUAUGGAACUUUUACACGACACGUUAUCUAUUCAACUGGUAAUAAUUCUCAUCCAUGCUCAAUAACUACAGCUGAUUUGAAUAACGAUCAUCGAUUGGAUAUUGUCGUAGCAAAUUCUGGUACGAGUAGUAUGGGCGUUUUUCUUGCCAAUGGUAGUGGUACAUUUCAAAAUGCAAUGAUAUAUUCGACUGGUCUUCGUUCUCAACCAUAUUCAGUUGCUGUUGGAGAUUUUGAUAAUGAUACUCGAUUGGAUAUUGCUGUUGCUAAUUAUGGGGCGAGUAGUGUAGGUAUUUUUCUUGGUUAUGGAAAUGGUAGUUUUGCAGAUCAGAUGAUAUUUCAAACUGGUUAUGGUUCACAUCCAUUUGCUCUCGCUCUUGGUGACAUUAAUAAUGAUCAUUUGACUGAUAUUGUUGCUGUUAAUAAUGGAUAUGGUAACAUCGAUAUUAUCAUGAAGACAUGUUAG